CAAGGAAUCUCUCAAUUACUUCUCUUGAUAUGAUUAAUGCUUCAUCGAUCAAUAUAAUUGAGAGGAAAUCUGCAGUGGUAAUCUGCUCUGUCGAGAGCUUCCCAGCUUCUAACCUGACGUGGCGACAUCUUAAUGUCCCAAUGAACAGAACAAGUUCCAACAAUGAGCUGUGGUUGGUGAUUCCUCACGUUACAUCCAGGGACACUGGAGACUAUCAGUGUGUGGCAGAGAAUGAACAUGGAUCAGUGGAGGGAUUCAUAACCAUCACUGUGGAACAUGCACCACAGAAUCUCUCAUUUACUUGGCUUAAUAUGAUUAACGCUUCAUCGAUCAAUAUAAUUGAGGGGAAUUCUACAGAGAUAAUCUGCUCUGUCGAGAGCUUCCCAGCUUCUAACCUGACAUGGCGACAUCUUAAUGUCCCAAGGAACAGAACAAGUUCCAACAAUGAGCUGUGGUUGGUGAUUCCUCACGUUACAUCCAGGGACACUGGAGACUAUCAGUGUGUGGCAGAGAAUGAACACGGAGCAGUGGAGGGGUUCAUAACCAUCACUGUGGAACGGCGAGAUUCCAAUGAAUGGAAAGCAGGAUUGCUUGGAGCUGGAAUCUGUUUGAGUGUUGGACUGAGUGGAUUCUUCAUCUUCAAGUGUGUGAGAAAAGGGAGCAGCACAGGAAGAGGUCAUUCAGCCCAAGAAGAGCGUGUGGGCAGUUCCUCCCCAGGCGAGCAGUCGGACAGGUCCUGGCUUGAGGGUGAGCAGCUGAUGAAGUAUCUGGGAGUGGACAAUGAUCGGGAAAUCUUACUUCCUCCUGUCACUUCUCCAAG